GAGUGAAGUGUAGAUGGUUGAGCGACGGAAAGUCUUGCCGGAUCACGGUGUAAUUACUUAAUUGGACAAUUGGUGAUUUCCGCCCAUUCGACACUUUUUCUGGGACCAGUGCUGUGGUGAAGUCAGUGUCGUCACUUGUCAACUUGGCCCUAAAUUUUCCCAAAUCGAUGUUUUCGGGUGUUCUUUAUUCGCCCGGUCUAGGAUUGCGAUUUUUCUUUGAGACUUUGGUUUGCGUUGAGUUCCGUUUAGUAUAUCUCGGCGGAUAAUUUUGUGGGCGUAUUGCGGCAGCGGUGCUGAUAAGAUAACCUUCUGUAUGGUGGGAGGCCGGACACGGCAAGAGAAAAGCUGCCAACGUCUAAGUGUAAAGUGGGGUGUUUGCUGUUGAUAGGAGUUAGACAGCAAAACCGGCAAAGAUGAUUGGUGGGUUGUUUGUUUACAACCAUAAGGGUGAAGUGCUAAUAUCAAGAGUGUACCGUGAUGACAUUGGCCGGAAUGCAGUCGAUGCAUUUCGUGUCAACGUCAUUCACGCGAGACAACAGGUACGGUCACCCGUAACAAACAUUGCCCGUACCAGCUUCUUUCAUAUUAAGCGGGCAAAUAUUUGGCUAGCAGCGGUAACAAAGCAAAAUGUGAACGCUGCAAUGGUUUUCGAAUUUCUGCUGAAAAUCAUCGAAGUUAUGCAAUCCUACUUUGGGAAGAUUUCUGAAGAGAACAUCAAGAACAACUUUGUCUUGAUCUAUGAACUACUUGACGAAAUUUUGGAUUUCGGAUAUCCUCAAAAUACUGACACCGGCGUUCUCAAGACUUUCAUUACACAGCAAGGAAUUAAGUCAGCGACUAAGGAAGAGCAGAUGCAAAUUACGUCGCAAGUUACUGGACAAAUUGGUUGGAGACGUGAAGGAAUCAAAUACCGUCGCAACGAACUCUUCCUUGACGUUCUCGAAUAUGUUAAUCUUUUAAUGAGUCCACAAGGGCAGGUCCUUUCGGCACAUGUUGCUGGUAAAGUGGUUAUGAAAUCAUACCUUUCGGGUAUGCCAGAAUGUAAGUUUGGGAUCAACGACAAGAUUGUCAUGGAAGCUAAAGGGCGCGGUCCAACUGGAAAUUCGGAAACGGAAACUUCGCGUUCCGGAAAGCCAGUGGUCGUAAUAGACGACUGUCAGUUCCAUCAGUGCGUAAAACUCAGUAAAUUUGAAACGGAGCACUCAAUCAGCUUUAUCCCGCCGGAUGGUGAAUUUGAACUGAUGCGUUAUCGUACAACGAAAGAUAUUUCCCUACCAUUCCGCGUAAUACCUCUUGUACGUGAAGUUGGACGCACGAAAAUGGAAGUAAAAGUAGUUUUAAAAUCGAACUUCAAACCGUCUCUACUCGGUCAAAAGAUUGAAGUGAAGAUUCCUACUCCACUUAAUACUUCUGGAGUUCAAUUGAUUUGUCUGAAGGGCAAGGCCAAAUACAAAGCAUCGGAGAACGCCAUUGUGUGGAAAAUAAAGAGAAUGGCGGGUAUGAAGGAGACCCAACUCUCAGCGGAGAUAGAAUUGCUCGAGACGGAUACUAAGAAGAAGUGGACUCGACCACCAAUUUCCAUGAAUUUUGAAGUUCCAUUUGCGCCAUCAGGGUUUAAGGUUCGAUAUUUGAAGGUGUUUGAACCCAAACUCAACUACUCCGACCACGACGUGAUUAAAUGGGUGCGGUAUAUCGGACGAAGUGGGCUUUACGAAACUCGUUGCUAAUUUUAUAUACAGUAAAGUUAUGAAAAAAUGAACCAUAAAGUAAAUAAAUGAAAGUCUUGUAUGCGCUAUUGUGGAGAAUAUACAAAGGUAAAAAGUAAAAUGUUGUCUUAUUAUGUUGAUUGUUACUUCCUUUAACAAUGCGAUUAUUCUCAUUUUCCACUUUCCUCGAGCAACCGAUGUGUAGCCUCGCAGGAUUUUUUAUAUUUUGCAUUGUGUAUAAACUUGUUUGAUCGUAAUUACUCAUAAUAAUUAUCGCUUUAUACAUACGCAUUCUGCAUCAAAUGACAAUGUAUGCUAAGAAAAACUAUUCCUUAUUCCAAGCAAAUACUUAUACAUAAUUGUAAUGAAAGUAAAACUACGAGAGAAAAUGUAUUAGAAGCUAUCGUUAAAAAUUUCACUAAUAAAAGUAAAAAUGUGUUAGACAAAAGUAUACAUAAAUUUAAUGGUACACAAGUUGAAGUAAUAAAUAAAAGUUGAAUCUCAGAUUUAUAUAAAUAGUAACGCAAUUGAAAGUUCUAAUGAAGAUGAUAUAGACGAAACUCCUGGUUAGCUUGCAAAAACUAGCAAAAUUAUUGUUUAAUGUUCGGGACACUUAUAUGUAGCGUGUGUUUCUCAGAAUACAAAAUAGAUGUGUUUUCAGUUCGGAGUUCCCCUUCCUGUUUGUUUGAUCCACUUGUAAACAAGUAGCACACCACCAUUUUAUUGUGUAAGAUAAUGAAAAAGAGAAGGACAACCUCUUCGCAAUAAGCAAUUUUCGAGAAGUGCUUGAUAUCGAAUUUAAACUAUGUCUUUGAUUUUCAAUUUCUCGACACUUGUAUCACACUUUGAUGUAAUUAUUCUAUAAAUAAUAUAUGAUUUGGAUCUGUAUGAUGGAGACAACGUAUAGUCGAAUUGAACAUAUUUAGGAGCAGAAAUAAAAUGUAUAGUGAUCAUAACGUAAUAAAAAUUCAUUCCUGUUUC